AUGGAAAAAAAAAAAGUAGGGGAUUAUUAUUUAUAUUUUGAUAAAUUGCUUGGUAAAGGAGCAUUUGGAGAAGUAGUUCUAGGCAAAAGAAUUGAUAAUAAUGCAUCAGUUGCUGUAAAAAUCAUUUAGAAAUAAUUUUUUGAAGGAAAAUAACAAUUUGAAUGGUAUUGUAUUUUGAUUUAAUUAGUAUUGGAUUUAAAAAGAGCAUAUAAAGAGAAGUGGUUUUCUAAAAAUCUCUAAAUCAUAAAAAUAUCAUUUAAAUGUAUGAAGCCAAAGAAACAAAAAACAAUAUUUAUAUGUUUAUGGAAUUAGGAGAUUGCACACUUCUAGAAUAUCAAUAAAAAAGUAUAUUUCUUUUAAAUAUGUUAAGAUAAAUUGAAUGAUGAAGAUAUUAAGAAAAUAAUAAAACAAUUAUUAUAAGCUUUAUAACACAUGGUUAAUUUUGAAUUGACAAAUCCAUUAUAAAAUAAUAAGUAAUAUUAUGGUAUCUGUCAUUUGGAUUUGAAACCACAAAAUAUAUUAAUGAUAGGUAAUAUACCUAAAAUAACUGAUUUUGGAAUGUCAAUUCAAAUGAACCAAGAUUAAAUUUCAGAAAUAAAAACUACAUCUGAUGAAUUAAGUCUAACUCAUCAUUUUUAUUUAGGAAAGGGCAGUCUAGUAUGAUUUUAUUAUUUAAGAUAGAAAUAUAUGUCCUAUGAAUAAUUGCUUGGAGAGUAAAUACCAGAAUUAGAGAAAAUAGAUGUUUGGAGUCUUGGAGUUAUUCUCUAUGAAAUUAUAUAUGGAAAACAUCCUUACAUUUAAGGAGGAACUUCAUAACUUAAUUAAAUUAAAAUAGCUAAAAUGAUUUAAGAUAAAAACAUAGAAUUUCCUCCAACUAAUUAUAAUAAAAAGGUGAUUGAUCUAAUAAAGGGUAUGUUAUAAUCAGAUUACUCAAAAAGAUUUAAUUUAAGAGACUGUCUUAAUCACCCUUUUUUUAAUUGA